AUGCCUCACGAUAAAGAUGCCGUGUUCGAUAAAGUUAUGCAAUCUGUAGGAGACGAUGGAGCCUUUCAAAAACGAUUCAACUAUUUCUACAAUACUGCAAUGGUUGCCUUGACUGUGAUGCCCUACAUUAACAUCGUCAUGAUGAUGGCAGUUCCUGAUCACUGGUGUCAUGUACCAGGCAGAAACGAGACCAAUUAUUCACUCGAAGAGUGGAAAGCAUUGACAUUGCCAAGAGAAUAUAAUUCCAAAGGACAAAUCGACUACAGCUCUUGCAAUAUGUACAAUAAAUCAUGGUCUGAAGAGACAAAUAAGAUUGAAAGUCAAAUAAUACCUUGUCAGCAUGGUUAUGAAUAUGACAGAACAUGGUAUUUAUCAACGGCUCCGUCAGAUCAAGACUGGGUUUGUGAUAGAGAACUCUAUGUAACUAAUACAUUUGCUAUUGGACGUGCAGGCGAAGUCAUAGGCACAUUUAUUUUUGGACAAUUAGGAGAUAGGAUUGGAAGAAGACCAGUAUUUUACUUAAGUCUCAUCACAAUCGUCACCGGAAGACUAAUUACAGCAUUUACUUCCAGUUGGUUUAUUGUUUUUAUAACAGCGGCUUUUCUUGGUUCACUAACAUCUACAUCUGUUUUUCAAAGCCCUUUGAUAAUUGCGAUGGAAAUAUCCAGAAGUGAAGAUAGAGCACACAUUGCCAUGAUGCAGUCCAUCGGGUGGACCAGUGGAAUGAUUCUUAUGCCGUUACUGAUGUGGGCGACGCGAGAUUGGUUUAUCUUUGCUUUGGUUAGCACUAUUCCAUGUACAAUAUUUUUAAUUCAUAAUAAGUAUAUGAUUGAAUCGCCAAGAUGGUUGGCAAGUCGAUGUAAAAUAGAACGAUGUGAAAAUACAUUAAAAAUCAUUUCCAGCGUAAAUAAGACAACUCUUAAUGAAGAUGCAAUUAGAGUGUUAAGAGAAAAAUCCUCAGGAAAACCAGAAAAAGUUUACGGAAUCAUGAGUUUAUUUUCUAGUUUACGUUUAGCUAGAAAUACUACACUUAUUGUGCUUUGCUGGAUUGUAUGUUCCGUGACGUAUUUUACAUUAAUUUUGAACGUGAGCAAUAUGGGAGGUAAUCCAUUUCUCAACUUUUUAUAUCAAUCGGCAGUAGAAUUACCAGCAUAUCUACUAGGACGUUUCUCCAGCGACAGAAUAGGAAGACGUUGGACCUCUGUAGCUUCUUUUGGAAUUGCUCUGGCAGCAUCUUCCAUUCUUAUAUGCAUUGCCAAUGAUGAAUCCCUCCAGAAUUUGGUCCCACUGUUAGCCGUGGUAAUGAAAUUUUGCAUAAGCAUCACGUUUUAUGUUGUGAAUCUGCAAGCAAUGGAAACAUAUCCAACCUUUGAGAUGGUACUUUUGUCCUACGUGGCUUUUUCUAAAGGGCAACCCACUGACUAUCCUAUACUUGAUAUAAUUUGGUUACAAUUUUUCUGA